AGAAAAAAACCACUGUCUCUUGGUGAUGACGUAUUUUACGCGCGACCUUCUUCGAAAUAACACUGUUGUUGUCGCCGCUACAAAGUGCUGUUUUUUCAUGCUAUUUAAGUUCUUAAACUAAAAAGUCGUAUUUUAUGCCAACAUUUUCCCCUUAUGCGUUUAUAUGUGAACCAAAUUUAGGCAGAAGGUCUAUUUGUAGUCGGUUUUUAAAAAUUGUUUAAAAAAUAAAGCGGGUCGUCGUUAGGAUGUCUCAGCCAGCACAGACGUCGCUGCCCGCCGCUCCAGAUUCCCCCGCGCUGGUGGUCACAGCGAACGUGCAGAAAUACGCCGUGAAGAAGAAGAAGGUUCUGACCGCAGAAGAAAGCGAGCUGUACGAGCUGACCCAGGCUGCAGGCAUCACGGUGGACCAGGAAGUCUUCAAGAUCAUGGUGGAUCUGCUGAAGAUGAACGUGGCUCCUCAGGCGGUUUUCCAGACUCUGAAAGCAAUGUGUGCGGGUCAGAGAGUCGCUGAAAACGGUGGCGCCGAGUCCUCAACCGCCUCCCACGCGGCGAGCGCCAGCACAGCACCUCCAGAACCCCGAGAUUCAGAAGAGUCUUUGGUUUCCGGGAAGAGUCCUAAACCACCAGCAGCGCCCCCCUCGGGGUCCGGCCCCAGACCACCGAAAGCCAACACCAAGAUUGUGGUCUACGGCCCCCAAGACGCUAACUCCUCUCAAGCUGUUCGCAGUAAAUCCGGAGCGACUUUCAAUGAGAAGAGCUCCAGCCAGCGGGUGCAGCGGCAGCCCAGCGCCACUAGAGGGCAGAAGACCAAGAGCUCGGGCAGCAGUAGUUCCUCCUCUCAGAUCAACUCCACAUGAAGAAACUUCCUAAAAUCCACUUUUCCUGCAUGUUUUCCUGUUGAAAUGAAUGUUUUUGUACCUUGUGUUUGACAUUUUCGUCUUUUCCUUCCAAACAAAACUGAUGUAAAUAAUGAAAAAUAAAGUAUUUUUAAAAAA